AUGCACCCAUAGUUUGUAAUGGGGAAUGUCCUUGGUAGAAUCUUACCAUCUGCUAACUAUUGGCAUAGACGAGAUAUAUAUAAAGACCAAUCAGAUGCAGUCAGUACUAGAACAGGAAUAAAUGUAAAUGAUUUAGUGCCAGUAUUCAAGGGAGACGAUGAUGGGACAUCAGUUGACGAGGUUACCUUUGCUGUAUCCGAAGUGAUGGUAAUACUGGACAUCCUGGAAGCAGUUAGGCAAGAAAAGUUGCAAGAAGUACGACAAAAAGUGAAUUUACUAGAUCAGCAAGAAGGUUAUUGGAGGGGUACUGGUGUAUAUAAGAAAGUGGCCAUCGAGGAGAACAAAUCUGACCAAGAUGAUAUUACCCAGCAGGAUGCCAACCCUGAAAAAGAUGCAGACGGCGAUAUAAAAGAAAAGUUAAUAUCCAACGAGGAAUCAACUGAAGACGACAAAAAAGAAGAUAUAGAAAAAAUUCUAAAUGAUCUAAAUGACUUAGUCGAUCAAGAGACUGAUUUCUUACAAGUACUUAGGGACAGUAGUGAAAACUCUACAGAAAGGGUCGAGUCCUUUAAAAAUACAACCAUAGAUCGUCUGAAAAAAGUAUCGUGGGAAACAACAGAAGCGGAGAAUACGAUAAAUGAAGACAAGGCUACUAGACUUCAUUGUAUGUCUUUGAAUAGUGAAGACGCUAGACCAAAUAAUUUAGACCUUAAUUUGAACGAAAAAAUUUCCGAAGUUAAGAACUUUUUACCGGCCGACACUAGUAGUGAGGACGAAUCACCGUUAGCAACUGACGUAAUGCAUUCUGGGAAAACUGGUGCAUCAUGGGACAUUGAUAUCACAGGUGGUCAAACUGGAUCGAGUAAACCGAGUAAAAGAAUGCUAGCUUUGAAACAGGCGAGAACGCAGAGGGCGGGAGAGAGAUAUGUUCCUCCAAAGGUUAUGGUUUCAGCCAAUCAGAUUGCACAAAGAAAAGUGCUUGACUUAAAACGAUGGUAUUGUAUGAGUCGACCGCAGUACAAGACUUCAUGUGGAAUAUCAUCACUGGUCUCAUGCUGGAAUUAUCUGUUCAGUACACUAGGACAUGGCAACUUACACCCCAUUACCCAGGAAGAGGCUUUGACAACAUUGACCUUCAAGCCACCAUUUAGUGACAUACGCUUCGGUCCAUUCACUGGAAACUCUACAUUAAUGAGAUGGUUCAGAAUUCUUAAUGACCACUUUAAAGUGAGGGGCCGCUGUUACUAUGUGUACAAGCCACAUGGGAAGAACAAAACUGUCGGGGUGACGGCAGAGGACGCCCUGGCAACCGUCAAGAAAGGUCUGAAUGAUCCAAACAUGACCUACAUAUAUCACUGCCAAAAUCAUUAUUUCUGUCCUAUAGGAUUUGAAGAUGUCCCACAAUCCCCUACUCAAGCUUACAGUGGGCCUGAGGAUAAUGCGGAUACUUGGAUACUAAUUGGUGACCCUAGUCGUAAACAUCCUAGUGUACAUUGUAAACGAUGGGAAGAUAUUGUUACAGACUUAAACUGCCAAAGUCCAGAAUAUUUAGACGUCCGUAGGCUUGAUAAAGGCGUGCAAAAGAGAAAUACUAAAAAGACAGGAGGAAAUUUACACUGUAUCAUGGCUUAUCAGAGAAGUCCUUUCAUGAGUCAACGGAGAACUAAUAUUCCAGUGUUGUCCAACAGAACGCUGAGUCCUGCAGGGAGGUGCGGGCAUGAAUCACGCAGCCACAGUCCAGGAAGGAUCCACAAUCAUGUCAGGGUAGAUAGAACCGUAAGUCCGGUGAGGAAGACACCGACAAGUCCGGUUGAGGAGAGAGAUAAUCAUAGGCAUCCCGAGAUUGAGGCCAGGUAUGAACUUUUUGCACCUGAAGAUGAUGACGAGGAAGGAAUGUGUGAUGACAGUACAACUAGUUCUGAAGUCAGUGCUCUUCUGUAAGCUAGGAACCAGCUGUUAUAACUGGGUCAGUUUACGAAUACAAAACUGGAACCAGCCCUUUAGGAUUUCAGAUGAGAUUGUAAAGGAAAACAAAUUUUGCCAUGUGUUGGCUUUACAAUACAUUCCACCAUUUAUUGACAUUGUAUGUGAUUUUAUUACUGGUGAUUGGUCAAGCUUAUGUACAAAAGCUGUGCUGUACAUAAUAUGAGGCUUGUUGAAAGCUUAGAACAUGUAAAAAAUGGAUGUGUUCACUUCAGGUUUUAAUGUCUUUGGUUAAAGUAUCAGCAAAAUAUUAGGGAAAAAAUAUGAUGGUUUUUGUAUUAAAAGUUUUUAAGAUUUAGUAGAGAAAAUUGUAAUAUUGCCUAGAAAUUGUACAUAUUGUGAAAAGGAAGGUGUAGUGAUUGUACAAAGAAACAUCAUUUUACAUUUGUACAAUGCUAUACCGGUAGUUGUACAAGUUUGGAAAUGUACAAUUUUUAGGUUAAAGUGUAUAUAUAAAAUGCACUAUAUAUAAAAUAGACAUAUUUGAUAUACAUUUAUACAGACUGCCAUACCUAUUCAAGUGACUUCAUUUUACAGACUGGAAUAUUCUAAUUGUACUAGAGGAACCUGCUACAAUAUUGAAUUGAACUGCGUCACGACAAAACCAACGUAAUGCGUUUGCGACCAGCAUGGAUCCAGACCAGCCUGCACAUCCGCGCAGUCUGAUCAGGAUCCAUGCUGUUCGCUAUCAGUUUCUCUACUUGUUAUAGGGUUUGUAAGCGAACAGCAUGGAUCCUGAUCAGACUGCGCGGAUGCGCAGGCUGGUUUGGAUCCAUGCUGGUUGCAAACGCACUAUGUUGGUUUUGUCAUGACGCGGCUCAAUUAAUUUUUUUAGCCUCUUAAACCCUUAACCUGCUGGAACUGAAAAUGAUAGACUAUUGCCACCAGUAUAGAGCCAGGCCAGCCUGUUUAUCGUUGCAAACUGACUAUACUGUUAGUAACUAAAUUUUUAUAUUUUAAUAUUGAAAUCCCAUAAACUUUGAUGGUGGGGGUUGUUGGUAGUUAACCUUCUGUAUCAUGGCAGUAAGCUACAUUGAAUUUAUCAGAGCACAGUUUUGCCCUGGCAAUUCGUUCCUGGGCAGGCUGUCAAGCAGUUUACCAGUACUAGUUUCACUGUAACCUUCACUUUUGCAAGGAACUGAUAACUUUUGUACCUGCCAGAGUAGAGGUACAGUGCAAAUGACUGAAGAAAAGAUUUCAUAAUCAAUCACAACAAAAUUGAUCUGCACCAUAUGGGAAUUGAACUUGGUUUGCCCAACUGACAGUCAAACGCUGUACCUAUUGAACUAACUCGACAGUAUCCAUAAAUUUUCAAUGGAAUAAUAAAAAUUAAAAGUUUGAUAAAUUCAUUAGAUUGACAGCAGCUUAAGGGUUAAGAUGUAUGAAAUUAGGUGUAAUUUUUUCUUAUUUUGUUUAAUUGAUUCAUUAAGUAAAUUUGCCUACAUCAGGCUUCUUAUGUUUGAAAAAUAAUAAACAUUUUGUAAGGUAAUUUUCAUUAAAUAUUACAUUGAGUGUAGUUUAAUUUAUAAUAAACUGAAAAAUAAAAACAACAAAAAAAACAAAACUAUAAAAAUCGCACAAACUGUCCAGUCUUAUUGUUUUCAUAUUCUUAUUGUGGUAUUUGCAGGGUUUUAUCGCAGUGGCUAACAAUGUUUAGACUUUAGAAUAUCAUAUAUAAAUAAAUCUUAUAUUCUUCCUCAAUUUUCAUAAUUUGACCCGUCAUGAGUAAACACUUUAAUAGAGCUUAGUAACUACUCCUGCUUUGUAUAUUUUUUUCCCAUCAUGAUCCACUAUUUCCUUUUAAAAAUUGUAACAAAACAUUAUUUCAAAAGUACCGUUAAGAAAGCUCAUAUGAAUUUUUCGAAUAAUUUCGCCCCUUCAUCAAAAGAAGGACGUAAAUUGGAGUCACUUGAUAAAACUACAAACAUCUAAUACAUGUAAUAAGUUCUUGAAAAUCAAUUUAAAUAUAUUGCAUAUCUUUAGAGGUAGUGACUGAAUUGAUUACAAAAUGUGAGGGGUUGGUAAACAAUGACCUACAAAAGUUGCAACUGUUUUCUCCAAAACCUGUGAUGCAUGUGUAUCAAUUACACACCCCUCUAAAAUGGGCUUUGUCUGCUUUGAGUAACAGAAUUAAUAAGAGAAGUUUUGAUUUUCAAAUGAAAUACAAAUUUGAUGGUUUACCAUUAAUUAGAUCUAUUUUAUAGUUGAUGAUUUUCGUCAUAUUUAGUCAAUAGACUUAAUCCAGGAUUUAGGAUAUUUUGGGUUCUCCCACUUAAAGGGACUCCACUGAGGUUUUUUGACAUGAUUGGACUGAAAAUAUUUUUUUCCAGAUAAAUGUACCAUUUGAUGUUGGUUUAGACCACAAAUCAUUGUGCAAAAUUUCAGAUCAUUCGCGCACUUCGUUUUUCAAGAAUAAUUAUUCAAAUUGUAAAAAAUGACCCAAAAUGAAAAGCGUUUAAACGCUUUUCACUCAAAUUGGGCUAAGGAAAGCCAAAAAAUACAAUUUUCUAUUUAUUUCAAAGUAUAUUUCUUAACUAUCUUUGCAUAUAUUUCUGUUUAAAGUGUCCCAGCUCAAUUAUGUAAGAAAUUCAAAUGUUAUGUUUUUAGGCUUUUAAACCUCAGUAGAGUCCCUUUAAUCCGGGGUUACAAAGAAACUUUCACAGUUGUAACUUUGAAAAUAAGCCCAACAAGUUGAUUUAACUAUUGUGAACUGUUUUGCACAGUGAAAUUGUAAAGGUAAAAACUUGUACACAGGGAUAAGUAGGGAAAACCCACAUUUUCUGAAUUUCAGGUAACAAGUAUUGCAGCUUUUAAAACCUGAAAGUAGAACAUCAUGCGCACAAAGUCCUAGGCCACCAUUUCUUUUUUUGGUUGGGUUUAUGUCGCACAAACACAAGCUUUAUUGGUGGAAGACGAGCACUUCCUGAACCUAAAUAACGCUGGAAAGUUGCCAUAUAACCUUCAUAGUGUAAAUGUGCGACAAAAGAAAAGAGAAAAAACAAGUGAUGAAUCACUUCCUGAAGCCUAGGAGAGUUGUUAACUUCAUUAGCAUUUCAAAGAAAAUCAUGUAUCUACCUUUCACAAGGAAUGUCAUUAUUUUGAAAAGGUGUUAAUAAUUACAUUGUAAGAACAUAACAUAUAUUUGUCAAAGAUAAGCUUAUGGAAGAUUUUGUAUUAUUGUUUUUUAUGGUGGUUUUAUGUAGGUAACAACAUGUACAAAUAGUCUUGAAAUUGAUUGUUUUUUGUUAAUACACUUUGAUAUUUUAAGUUGUUAUUUCUGUUGUGGUUUCAUUAAAUAUUUUAGAUUCCUGUCUGUCUCAUUAGCAUAUCUUAAAUAUUGUUUUUAGUUCUUCAUGAUUGUUUAAUGUUCACUUUCCUAAUUGUGUAUUAUUUUCCGUCAACAAAAUAAUGUUACAUAUGAUUAGUAAAUUAUUCAGUGUCGUUGAGCAAUGAAAUUUUAUUAUAUGAGCCAUGUCAUGACAAAAGCGAACAGCAUGGAUCCUGAUCAGACUGCGCGGAUGCGCAGGCUGGUCUGGAUCCAUGCUGGUCACAAACCCACUAUGUUGGUUUUGUCAUGACGUGGCUCAUAUCAUUUAUAUACUUAAUAAUUUUUCUGUGUAUGAAUAAUUAUGUAAAUGGAGAAGGUAUAUUUAUAUUUUAUAAUAUCUGUAUAAUUAUAUAAAUUUCUAUGCAAUAAAUAAUAACAGUUA